AACGUGAUGACGUCGUUAUAAUAACGAUCCCUCAGGACGGCGGCGGAGGACGGAGCUGAUGAAUGAGCUGAGAGCGGCUGACAUAGACCAGACGGGCUGGGGAAGAUGAGAGGAUGAUGGAGCAUCGGCAUCCGCACCAUAUACUGACAUCACCUGAACCCGCAUUUAGGCUACGUUACAAGUGAAGAAAGACCAGAAACCGGCGUACGUUUUGCUCUCGGUAAAUAAUCUGUUGGAGGAUGUGAUGCCGAAGCCUGGAGCAUGCACCGACUGUUUUCUGCAUUUUCUCCAGAAGCAGAGGAGAUGAAGCCCUCUCUUGAAAGAACAUGUCCGCUUUAAAGGACUUAUUUUGUGGCUGUAAAACUCGCUAAUCUUGGACGGUCUUGGUCGGGGGGGAUUUGAUGGCACAGCGGACGGCGAGAAAGAGCCAGCGACUGAGACUGGGAUUUAUGGACAGUCGGUUUAUUGAGAUUGAAGGGUGAACGUUAACGGGGUUUAUUUUUUUUCUUUUCGGUUGAGGAUAAGUGUUUCCACAUUUACCAUCUUUAUCCGGUCAGAUUUCACAGCUCGCAUCAGCAGCAGUUAACGGACAGCAGGUUAGCAACGAAUGGAUAACGUUAAAGCUAUCUUUCGGUUGUCUCUUUCGACAUUUUAACUUUGUUUUCAAAAAGGUUGCUUCACCAACCCGAUCUUAAUUUGGAUAUAAAUCACACUGCCUGUCCUGUCAGUCAGAGUUUAGCUCGUUAAUCCUCGUUUGGGAAUAACUGAGGAGUUUUAUUUAGCUAGCUAACGGUAGCAACUAUUGCCACUAUCAGAGAGCUUGUUCUCGGUCAUCAUGCAUGCACCGACACGUUUACUCGGAUGAACCUAAGCCAACACCCCCACCAAAAUGUACUCAAGGGCAUAACAACAACAACAAGCCAUGUCGGACUGAAAACAGCACGGUGGCUCCGCCGGCCGUGAAGUCACAUCAGCAACCAGAGCCGCUUAUUAUUAGUCGGGGAGAGAGGGGAUCAAAAAGCUGAAGCUAGCCUCCAGCCUGUUCACACCGCCCUCAAGAGACCAUCGAGAGGAGCAUUUUCGACCCUAUCUAAGCCACUAAAUCCAACAAAAAUGGGAGAGCAGCCCAUCUUCAGUACACGGGCCCACGUCUUCCAGAUCGACCCAAACACCAAGAAGAAUUGGGUUCCCACAAGUAAACAUGCUGUCACAGUCUCCUACUUCUUCGACAGUACCAGGAAUGUAUAUCGAAUCAUCAGUCUGGAUGGAUCUAAGGCCAUUAUCAACAGCACCAUCACCCCCAACAUGACAUUCACCAAGACGUCACAGAAAUUUGGCCAGUGGGCCGACAGCCGGGCGAACACCGUUUACGGCCUCGGCUUCUCAUCUGAGAGCCACCUGGUCAAGUUUGCAGAUAAGUUCGCUGAGUUCAAGGAGGCAGCUCGGUUAGCGAAGGAGAAGUCUCAGGAGAAGAUGGAGCUCACCAGCACUCCCUCUCAGGAGUCAGCCCCGGGUGAUCUGCAGUCACCUUUGACCUCCGAGAGCAUCAACGGUACGGACGACGAGAGAGUCACACCAGACACACCUCAACACACUGAAGCCAGAGCAGAGCCUUCCCAGAAUGCACUGCCCUUUUCACACAGUUCAUCCAGCAUCAAUAAGCACUGGGAGGUGGAGCUGGCGGCUCUUAAGGGGAACAACGCCAAACUGACAGCAGCUCUGCUCGAGUCCACAGCCAACGUCAAACAGUGGAAACAACAGCUGGCGGCCUAUCAGGAAGAAGCAGAGAGGCUACACAAACGGGUGACGGAGCUGGAGUGUGUGAGCGGUCAAACGACGGUGAUCAAAUCUCAAAAGACAGAACUUAACCAAACAAUAGAAGAGCUGGAGUUGGCUUUGAAGGCCAAAGAGGAGGAGUUAGAGAGACUUAAAGCAGAGGUGGAGAGUGCCAAUGAGUUUCAGUCUCAAAAAGACUCCCUCACACAGAAACUACAGGACACGGAGUCGAGGAACCAGGUGUUGGAGGCUCAGCUGAGCGAUCUGGAGCAGCGUCUGGAGAGCAGCCAGCAGGAGAGAGAAGCCUUCCGCAAGAGCCUGCGCUCGCUGCUGGAGCUGCUGGACAGUAAGAUCUUCGAGCUGACUGAGCUGCGGGACACGCUGGCCAAGCUCCUGGAGGGUAGCUAGAGAGACAAACGCAUCACCACCACCACCACCACCACCACCUUCUACACCCAACACCCAACACAGCAGCAGUCAGUGCUCAGAGAGCCACUCUAAAGACAUCACCUGCAUGUUGGCACUCACAGUAUCACUGACAUGUAAAACAACUUGAAUUCUCUUCUUUUUUUUUUUUUCUCCACGUGUCUAUGAUACAUGUCAAUGAGUAUGUUUACACUCAACUUUAUGCAUUAACGGUACACACAGUUUGCUACGUCCACAUCGUUUACAAACAGCCAAGUGAAGAGGGCUUUGCUUGGGCCAUGCCUUCCCUCUUAACCCUGAAUGAAUCAGUUUUAUUUUUUUUUUUUUUUUUUUUUUUUUUUUUGGGAGGGGGGGGUUUGUUUGUUUUUGUCCUUUGAAUAUCAUUCCGUUUGAGCGGACAAUACAUUUUUUUCUCUUUGCUUUUUGCUCCUUCAUUUAUUAUUAAGACUUUUUGAGCUUCGCUUUGGUGCAUUUUGUCGUCACCUGGAGCCGCUGAUCGUUCCCCAUCUUUUUUUUUUUAUUCUCUUCCUUCACUUUUCUCAGCCAACGGUCAUCGUCAAUAAACACUUCAAGAGUCAGAUGAGAAGCACCCGAGCUUUUCUUAUACUCUGAGAUUGAUUUUUUUUUUUUUUUUUUUGGUUAUUUGAACUGUGGAGGGUCGAACGUGAUGAAGAGAUAACCACCAGUGUUUCUCCUGUGACUGAAAUCCACCGCGGGACUGCCAAAAAAAGGGGCCGAGGAGGAGGGCUACAGUAUGUCUUAUAUUCUUCUACAAUAUAUGAGCAAUACAAAAAGGGAGCAUCAGAGGAUAAACAAACACUUUCCACUCUCACUUUUCAGGUAAUUUUACUCCUACUCGGAUAGACCACAAACGAGGCGGGAUUUUAUUCAAUGGUCUUUCUUUCUAUAUACUUUUUUUAAAGAAUACUAUAACAGAUUCAUAGUGCACUUGUAAAAAUGGAGUUUGUGUGUGUGGGUGAAUCAAAUGAUCUUGUUUUCUUUCCCUUUUUGUUUCUGUUGCGACUUGAAGUGCAAUGAUUGAAUCCUUUUUUUGUUGUUAAUUUAUUACUAAAAUAACUGAAGAUUAAUUAUGCUGAAGGUUAUACAAAAGCAAAGAUCUUUAUUUACGUCUCGUUUUCACUUAAUCUUUUUUAUCGUCUGGUACGUGGGUGUCAAGGUGGUUUUUGUUUUUUGGAAAAACUGGCAAUAUUUUCGAACUAUUUAUCAGUGGAAAUGGAAAAUCUAGCAGGUGAUCGCAGGUUGGAUUUGCAAAGAAUCUUGUUUUUUUUUUUUCUUUUCUUUUGCCAAAUAACGUUUUCCUGUACAGAUUUGAAUUUUUGCUGAUGUUGCCUUUGGUACAGAGAUGCAUCAACGGUAGCUAACUAGCGGUACUUCUUUUUUUUUUCGUUGUGGGAUUUACUGUUGCCAAAAAUUCAGCGACGUUAAGAGGAAUAGAGUUCGUACACCUGAAGAACACUAUUUAAGGGCUCGUUGUUGGUUUGGGUACAUUUGCGAGACUUGAAUGAUUUUAGCAGUGACAAUUCAGAAUAUUACAGCUUGAAAGGGAAAAAAAAAACAUUUGAAUAAGACUUUUAAAUGUUGAGUAUACCACAUGCUUAAAAACACAAAUUGUAAUUUUGAGUUUCUAGUAAAACAAAAACAAAUGGA